AUGUAUCCUGACCAAGAAAUACGGCCGCAGCGCAAGAAACCAACCCCUCUAGUCCUUGCUGUGGUCUGCCAACAGUGGCGACAAAUCGUGUUGGCGACCCCAAGGCUUUGGACUGUUGCGAGCAUAAAAAUAGCGAAGAGGGCUGUCAAACCAUGUGCACAAAUGACACAAGAAUGGCUGCGUCGGUCAGGACGCCUCCCGCUCUCGCUGGAGAUCUAUGAAGAAAAGCCACGCCCAACAUUCAUGUCCUACAUCAACCAGCGUUCCGCUGUUGAUCCUACGCCAAUAUUUGAGGCAGUUAAUGCCCAUAUGCAUCAUGUGAGGAGUCUUGAAGUCCACUUCGACAUGAAGUGCCUCCCCUUCCUACGUGGCGAAGCUUGGACCAUGCGCAACCUCUACCUAUCAAUCACAGGCGGUCAAGGUGGCCCCCCGCCAGCUUUCGUCUAG